CGGGCGAGGAGGAGCAUGUCGAGAACGGCUCCCGAGACGAGCGCCCAGGCUUCAGAAAUCACCGGUAAGCCAUUUCCUGGAUUAGAUUUCAUCUUGCGGCGCCCAGUUCGUUCUAGUUCAUCACUUGAGAGAUGCUUGUAUCGCUUUUUCCGGCGACGCCGAGGAGCUCUCACAGCGACGAGGGCUUUGGCAGUGCCUGAGCAGAGCAAAGCUUCCUGACAUCACAGCACCAGCCCAGCGUCAGGGACUAACACCAUCUCCGUGCAGGUAACAACUCCAAAUCUACCAUUGAGACCCCGCUCCGUCGCUCCCCAUCGCCCGUCUCUCCCAUCUCGCCAUCCCGCCGACCUUCUCUCUCCGCCAACUUCGCGACCAUCCCGAAUGAACCGACCGACGCAGCCGAUACAUUAUACCUUGAUGAUGCGGAAAGUGAGACGGUGAGGGCAGCAACCAUGUUGUCCUCUAUCCCCUCUUCCCAUCCAGUGGCUCUGCCCACAGCGGUGGGUGAGCCAGCAAUGACAACUGGCGCUGUACUCGAACACCACGGAGAAGAUGGCUCUAGCAGCUUGAGUGAACUGGGAGAUGCUUCCGAUGAUCACUCUGUGCCCACUCCUCGAGCUCCUCCCGUUGAAGAUUUGAGCGAAGAUGACUCGGAAGCGGAAACCGAACGCUUAGACAACACCCCUCGACGACUGAACCGCACCGCAACGGGUGCUUCGCUUGCGUCGGAGCUGCCAUAUGAACGUACCCCGAGUAAGUUGGCCCAAUCGACCGCUAUCGACGAAGGCGAAUCCACUCCCGCCUCACCGACUGUCGCCAUGGAACCAGCGGGGUCCGGCUCGGCAAAUACAGCCCUCGAUACACUCUCGUUUCUUGCUGCUACCGAAGCUGUUAGCUUAGAGUUGGCAGGAAAAAAGCGGAAGCGAUCCAGCGGUGAGGAUGGUACCGCCGAAGAAGAUACAGGCGAGCUGUCCAGGAAGCGGAGUAACACCAGCAAAGAAAUGGGCUUCGUCGAAGACGCGGAAGCGACUGCUGACGCCGAACAAGCCGACGUCGACGAGGAGUUGGACAAUGCCGAAGAGCACAUCUCUGAGCUUGCGCAAGAAAGCAUGGAGCUUGAGGAGCAACAAGCUGAGGUAGCAGCUGAGGCUGUCAGUGAGUUAGCAACUGUUGCUAAGCUGGGAAAAUCCCGGAAAGGUCGGGGAAGAGGAAAGCGCAAGCUAGAGGCAUUGACUACAGAGGCCAUUCUGGCUGAAGCAGAAGAGGCACCUGGCGAUGCGGAUAACGACGAGGAUAUGUCGUCUCUUGAUGAAGAAGCUGCGAGGAAGAAGAACGCGAUCGAUGAGCUCGCUAAGAUAGAGAAGAAGUUCAAAAUAUUCCGAGCAAAGAUGGUCGAAGAAGACAUCGCUCGCUGCGAACUGGAGCUAGAGAUGAUGAAACAGCCGCACUGCAUCCACCCUGAUUAUCUGGCCUGCAUACGAGGCAUAGACGAGCGAAGAGCGGAGAAAAUCGCUCAGGAGAGAACGUUGAUGAAGUACAAGAUGGAAUGCUUGAAGCGACAGACGAUUGCGAUUCGGCAUCAGCUCCACAGUCAAUAUUUCCAGCAGGUUCGGAAGAUUCGUGAAGAUGCAAUUGCGGACUGCAACCAUCGGAUGUAUGAACUUCAGAAAGGACGUCGACAGUUUGGAGCCGACGAGGUUGACUACGGAAUGCGGAUGCCCGAAAAGAAAUCGGAGCGGAUUCGACAACAAGCUGCAUACAAUCUGGAGGUUUCCGUUCUCGCUGGUGUUGGAAAGCAUGUAGGCUUUCCUUGCGCGCCUGCGCUCACUCCUGCGCGCCCCUCGGAGGUGGAGAGAGAUUUACGCAAAAUGGAGAUUAUAACUCGCCCUCCUCCUCAUCCCAUACCCUUGGUACGGUCAUAUGCACGUACGGCAACAGUAGAGGAGGCCGCAGCCGAAGAACAGUUCAUCGAGAAGACACCGUGGGCGAACCCACACCAUCCGAUCCAUCAGCAUCUCGCCAUGGGUUCCACGCGAACACCGAAUCAGACAUAUCAGACUCCUGUUGGGCAGCGGCGUAUGGUUGACAUUCACGCCCCGAAUGGCUCAGCUUCUACGAUUGAUGCUACAUCCAAUCCCCCGUCUUCAACGGCCGGUGCCGGGCUCCAUAACGGCCGCGCAGGCGAGUCGAUAUCACCGGUCUUACAGAUGAAGCGAAAUCCUGGGGAACAACUCCAGUACGGAGACAAUACCGCAAGUGCUCCUCACCCUCGGAACUUUGUUGGCAUCACAAGGGAAGCUUACGGUGGUAAUGCUCAUGUUCUCUCCAGUCCGGCAGGAGAGCCCAUGAUGGAAGAGUCUUACGGCCAGAGGUGGGCAGCCAUAAAUUCUGGCCCUCCACCACUGCCGCCCAAUGCUGUUCGAGGCCCACCGCUGACUCAACGAAGCUCCCUUGGUGCUGUGACACCUGCGCUGGCUGGCCGCUGAUAAACUCUUGUCGCUUUCCACGAUAUCCCGUCCGCAUACCCCUUCCCGGUUCUUCCUUUGAUACAGGACGCCUUCAUUUUUAGACUUACUUCCUCUCUGGAUACCCUCAUCAUCGAUUCUCAAUUGGUUUUAUGUUCUUGCCGUUUCCCGAUAUCUGCGUCCAAGGUGGAUCUUCUGUGGACAGGCAUAAUCUGGCGGGGGCGAUUUCCUCCGCUAUUGUACGGGUUUCCGGCGGCAUGGCGGUAUGAUAAUCAUUAUGGGGGCGUUCGCGGAUCAUAGGCUCCGCCGGCGUUUCGAGAUGCAACAUGUUAGUAGUCUUACCUGGAGUGUCAGGUGUUCGCUGGGACAUAACAUGCAGAGUUGGCGCUGUCAUCUGGCACAUGUAUUUAUGAUUGGAUUGGAUGAUAGGUCACGUACCUACGAUGGCUACAACGUAUUCAUACUCAACAACAGCCU